AUGCUAAACACUUUCUCUUUAACUCUAAAUCACUUCUAUUUCCUAUAUUAACAAACAGCUUUUGAUAUUUAACUAAAUUUUUUUUCUCUCUUCUUUUUUUUUCUCAAUGAGAUGCACGUGAUUUACGUGUGAAACUCAAUUUAUUUAGCAUUGGAAGUGUAUUGAUUUAAUAUAUUACCCGAUUAGGAAGUCUAGAAUUGUUUUGCCUAAUUUUAAUUUUUUCUGAAGUCAACGAGGAGGAGGAUUAAAGAUAAAACUAAUUUGACCAAAGGUCAUCUUAAACUAUUUAUAAUAUUGUUGAAUUUUUGAUCAAUUGAUUAAAUAACAAAGCAAUUCGUCAAUAUAUGGUGGGAUAAAUUGAUCUAACAUGACAUCAAUUGCUAAAUAUUUGAUUCUUUCAUUACCACAAUCAACCAAUGCUCAAUCUUGGUUAGAAAAUGAUUUAUCAGGAGGAAAGAAUUUAUUAUAUAAAUUAAAAUUACAAGAUUUUCAAAGUGGUACAUUAGAUUCAUUAGUUCAAGAAAGUGAAGAAUUAAGUAAAAUAGAUUCUCAAUUGAGUUCAUCAGUUUAUAAAGUGAUUGAUAUUUUAAAUAAUGUUACUGAAUUAAAAAAUAGUAAAUCAAGAAUCAUCAAUAAUCAAUCAAUUUUUGAUUAUAUUGAACAUUUCAAUUGGAAUUCAUCAAAAUAUAGAUUAGAUAAACCAAUCAAUCAAUUAGUUCAAAUAAUUUCUAAUGAAGCUAUUACUUUAGAUAAUGAUGUUAGACAAUCAUAUCAAAAUUAUCAAAGUGCUAAAUCUAAUUUUUUAGCAGCUGAUAGAAAGAAAAAUGGAGAUUUAUCAAUUAAAUCAUUACAUGAAAUUGUUAAACCUGAUCAAUUUGUAUUAAAUUCUGAACAUUUAACUACUAUUUUAAUUGCUGUACCAAAGAAUCUUGUUGAUGAUUGGAAUUCUCAUUAUGAAACUUUAACUGAAUUUGUUAUACCAAGAUCAUCAGAAUUAAUUGCUAGUGAUGCUGAAUAUUCAUUAUUUUCAGUAACUUUAUUUAAAAAAUAUCAAAAUGAUUUUAUUACUGCUUCAAGAGAAAGAAAAUGGCAUCCAAGAAAUGAUUUUCAAUAUAAUGAAGAUGUUUUAAAUAGUUUAAGAAAAGAAUUUGAUUUAACUAAACAAACUGAAAUUAAAUUAAAGAAUGAUUUAAUUAGAUUAUCAAAAACUGCAUAUUCCGAUAUUUUUCAAGCUUGGUUACAUAUUAAAAUUAUAAGAGUUUAUGUUGAAUCAGUUUUAAGAUAUGGUUUACCACCUCAAUUUAAUUAUUAUUUAAUUAAAUUUGAUCAAGCAAAUCUUAAGAAUUUAUCUAAAUCUAAAAAGGAAUUAAUUGAUAAAUUUGGUUAUUUAGGUGGUAGUGGUUCUGAUGAUAAGAAAAAUAGUAGUAAUUUACAUGAAUAUGCUUCAUUAGUUGAUACAGAAUAUGAACCAUUCGUAUUAUAUGAAUUAGAUAUUGUCUAGAAUCAAAUCCCUCGUCAUUCAUUCAUUCAUUCAUUCAUUACUCAUCAUCAACAUCAUUAUCAUUUAUUUAAUCAUAUCAUUUCAAUUUCUUCCUUCCUUAUUUCCUUUCUAACUUACUUACUUUCUUAUUUCCAUCCUUUUCACUUCCAACUUCAGCCUCGAAAUAACGGUUUUUAAAUAACGGUUAUACUAUUUUAUACAUAAAUAAAUAUAUACCACCAUAAAUUUAACUAUUUCUUUUUCUUUUAAAUCAUACAUUUUUCAUAUUAUUUUUUAAUUCAUAUAUA